UAUAAAAAUCGGUGCGAUUGCCGUAUUGAAAUCAGAACGGAAAAUUAGUCCAAACGGUCAAGUACAAAUAAUUUGCUUAGCAGCAAUCAAUUAGUCAAAACAAACAAAAACAAAACAAUCAAAAUGAAAUUCGUAUUCGCCGCCGUCUUCACUUUGGCUCUCGCCAUGGGUGUACAAUCAUCCAUUCUACCUCUGUUGCCCGGUAUUACACAAAUUUCUGGCAACGGUCUCUCCUACACUGCCGUCUCUGGACCAUUGUCCGUUCCAAUUGCCAUUCCUCAGAUACAUGGCCCAGCUGCUGUCAUCGCUGCCGCCUCACCACCAAUCGUUCAAGCUGCUCCCGUCGCACACUCACCCGCUGUGGUGGUGGCUCAUGGUGGUGUCGUGCCCGGUGGUGCUUAUGUUGCUCAAACUCGUGGCGCUGUACACACUGCCCCUCUACCCGGACACAUCUCCUCGGUUGCUAACGUAAAUGUUGCUCCAGCUCCAGGCACUUGGUAAACAUUGGUGACACACACAUCACAUCAUUCUGCCUUCUGUCAAUCCAUACGAAAUGCUAACUCUAAAUGGACCUGAUUGAGAUAUAUGUAUAUACAUAGUUGAGCUCAAAGCAACACAUAAUGUCAACGAACGCGUAAACAAAGACAAAAAGACGAAGAAGAAGAACUAUUACAUAGUAAAUGUGCAAUGAGAAAUCAUUUUGCUUGGAUUCCAUAAUAUUCAUACUUCACAAUAAAACAGCAACAGUAAAAGCAACAAUGCAACGAACGUUUAACGAACAUUUGUGUGUCAAUUAUAUAUGUACAUACACACAUACUCGUACAUCAAUUUCUCAUUUCCAUCAUCACCAGCACCGCGACUCACACAUACAUACAUACUUGUAUUUUGUAUUUUAUUCCCCCUCACUCACUUCAUUAUCCCUAUCCUAUGGUGUAUUCCUUCUUCUUUCGAAGCUUACUUUUGUAAAAAAUGAAUACUUCUUCUGCAAAUGCUUGUAAAAAAGUAUGGUUGUAACUAAAUGAAUAAAAGUGAC